CUCUCCGUCUCCUUCUCCUGCUCCCCCCCCCCCCCCUCUCUCUCUCUCUCUCUCUCUCUCUCUCUCUCUCUCUCUCACACACACACAGUAACUUAGUGACAGAACUAUUCGGGUUAUUUGUCUGAGUAGAAAUGAUUUCCAGUGAUAAGACGUUGGACGCCUGCAGUCUGAUGUGUGACCGUGAACACGCACAUAUAUGAUCAGCACACAGUUUCACUGUCGGUUUGUCUCACAACAACAUCUGGACACAGAAGAACCAAGUGGGAGAAGAGACAGACAGCAAAGUUGCUGUUUAAAGUGUGUGGACGAAGACAUCAGGACGUGUUUUUUUGUGAAGUGUUGCAGUUUGUGGUUACAAUGAGCCGACUACUUUUCCACAUAUGGACUUUUUUACUGUUGGGGACUUCUUCAGGGACAGACACGUCUCAAGUGUCCACAGUCAAAGUCUUCAAAGGCAACAUCAGGAGAGACGACUUGUACCGCAAAGAGGAAAACAUCACAGUAACACCACUGGGCGGGUUCAUCCACAGCCCACGCUAUCCCAACGCUUACCCCGCAACCUGAUGUUGUCAUGGAAACUGUUGGUAGCACCUGGAGCCCGCAUCCACCUGGAUUUUGACAAGCACUUCGGCCUGGAGGAUGCCGAGAAUGGAGUUUGCAGGUAUGAUUUUGUUGAAGUGGAAGACCAAUCAGAGACCAGCACUAUAAUUUGGGGUCGAUGGUGUGGGCAGAAGGUGCCGCCUAGUCUCAACUCCAAAACAAACACACUCAGAAUCACCUUCAAGUCAGAUGACUACUUUGUUGCGAAGCCAGGUUUCAAAGUGUACUACUCAGUCCUGGAUGACUGUCCUCCUUCGGCGUCCAACAACAACUGGGAGCCUGUAACUCUGCCCAUGUUGGACAGUGGUGCUGGUGUGGUUCCAGUAACAGAGGUUCCAUUGUCAUUGGAGGAUUUGGACCAGGCCAUAGCUGUAUUUGACAAUGUAGAACAGCUCAUCAGAUAUCUGAGCCCAGACACGUGGAGACAGGACCUGGACAGCAUCCUCACGCAAACGCACUUACAUUACAGAUCCCGAACCUAUCAUCUGUCAAGCCGACAUAAUAAAGUUGAUUUGGACCGUCUCCAUGAUGACGUCAAACGGUACAGCUGUACCCCUCGCAACUACUCCGUAAACCUCCGUGAGGAGCUACGAGUCACGAACACGGUCUUCUUUCCUCGCUGUCUACUAGUAAAGCGCUGUGGAGGAAACUGCGCCUGCGGAACUAAUAACUGGAACAAUGGCUGCACCUGUCAGGCUGCCAAGACAUCAGUCAAACUACAUGAGGUGCUGAAGUACACUCCUGAUGUCAGUCUUUAUCAGCGCUAUCGGCGUCCGCGGGUGCGUUGGAUCAUCGAUGAAAUCUUCCUCAUGCACCAUGAAAAGUGUGAGUGCGCAUGUCUCUUGCAGCCACCUCGCUGAUGCGCUCGGCCUCAGACUGGGGAUCUGGAACUGUUGGACAUGUUAUUCUUUUAUUCAUUUUACAAUGGACUUCACAUUGGCACUUGCAGACGCACAUGCAGCAUAGAAGAAAGCAUCUAAAAAUUUGCAAGACAACCUGCAGCUAUGAUGCACAACGGCAUGCAUCCUCUCAAGCCGCACACGCUCCUCUGUGCACAGACCUGAAACCUACAUCUUCGUAGUGUUUUCUUUGUUGUGUAUGUGUAUUUGUGUUGUGUUUCUUCGUGUUGUAAUAAAGUGGUUUCCAUAAAGUGAAGGUGCUUGUUGUGCCAGAAACCCGCUGGCAUCAGCGAGUGAAAGACAAGCCAGAGGGAGACAGACAGGUUGGAGGAGAUGUAAUCCAAAAUACCACUUCAUCUUGAAGGGUAAUCAGGUUAACCACAAUCCUCUCAUUCUCAGGUGUACACUCACAUACUCACGCAACCGAACACAAGCGUCGUUAUUUCUACAGAUUUACAUUCCGUUCUGUUUUUCCUCUGAGCCUCCUUUUGUUUUGCACAUUCCUGUCUGCUCAUAUUUACACUUCCCUUUGUCUGUUCCUUCAUCCCUCCUUUCCUUUGUCACCCCAUUUUAUCACUCACUACCUUACACAUCAAAGGAGAUGUCAUAUCGGGUUGCCGAGCUCUGCCGCAUUUCCAGAGUGUUCCUGGCAUUCCAGCGCCUGAACCGGAAUCCUGCUAAUGUGGAUAAAGCGCUAAGGUUCAUCCACAUAACACAGAACAGAGGAAAAGGAGAGGAAAGAGGAAGUUCUGAGAAAAGACAGCAGCAACGGGACAAUCAACACCGCCUGCUUGUAGAUUAUGAGCGCCGCACGACAGCUGAGAGAAGAGGAAAUUCCAAGAUACCACAUAGGAAGAAAGACCGCCCCUCCUGAGUGAGGAACCACACUAAAACUUAACGUUGCUCAACAUUAUCAGAUUAUUAAAUCAGUGUACACGUCAUCUUUAUAAAUCAAAAUUAAUUUGAAAAGGAAAUGCAUAACUCGUAUUCUACUAUAAAGAUGGCAAACCUGAUCCAAUUUAUGGAUAUGAAUCCUUAUCAUGCCAGAU